AUGUUUGUGUCACUAUUGAGCAAGUAUGGUGUCAAACAAAAAGUUUCUACACCAUAUCACCCACAAACGAGUGGGCAAGUUGAAGUGUCGAAUAGGGAGAUAAAGGCCAAUUUGGUAAAGACAGUGAAUGACACUAGAUUUGAUUGGUCCUGGAAGUUGGAGGACAUAUUGUGGGCUUAUAGAACUGCUUACAACACACUGAUUGGAAUAUUGACAUAUCAAUUGGUAUUUGGUAAGUCUUAUCACCUACCAGUUAAGUUUGAUCAUAUGGCCAUGUGGUCCUUGAAAGAUGCAGUUGAUAACGAUGAGGCACCUCUCAAGACUGAUGAGAAGGACUUUUUUGAGAUUGAUCAUCAUGCCGAGGAUAUAUAUGAGGGCCUUGUUGAUUUAGAGGAUAUCUAUCUCCAGGUAGUUGUUGAGCAUACAUUUGCCCAUCUAUCUCCCAUGGAGCCACCUCCUGCCCUUCCUAGUGAGAUAUCAAGAACUGAUGCCCCAAUUAAGGAUGCGUCUGUAGUCUAG